GGACCAAUCAGCGUCCAGGAACAGAAUGUAUGCGGAAACGUCAUGGGCAACGUACACAAAUAAGUGAAAAAUCAACAGUUUCACAUUUUCCUUUUAAACUUAAUCUAAUAAAGCAGUGUUUUUUCAGGUCCCAUGUGUCUCAGGCUGUUCACAAUAGUCAGGUUAAGCUGCCUGAUUCUAAUCACUGUUCUACUGUUUCAUUGCUGUUACAUAUCCUGUCAAAGGUCGGACGGUGCCCUGACAGUGGUCGACAACCCAGGAGGAAAUGAAUUAGACACUGAGGAUGGAAGUGAGGCCACAGUUCAGGAAGAAGAUACUGAAGAAGACUUAGAAGUGGUUCAUCCCACAGAUCAAUGGCAAACUCUCAAACCAGGCCAAGCUGUACCAUCUGGUUCACAUGUCAGAUUAAAUUUACAAACAGGACAAAGGGAGGUUCGAUUGGGAGAGGAGCAGUUAAAAUACUGGAUGCAGCAGCAUAGUGAGACUGAAGACAAACAUCCCUUUAUUAACCCUGAUGAGCUGAAAAAAGCUAUGAAGAAAAUAAAGGAAGAUCUGAAUAUCAACAAAGACUCAAAUCAGGAGGAAUCUGUGUCAUCUCAGUUUCGACCACUGGAGGAGCUAAAAAAGGACAUGGCUCAGUUGGAUCUUCUUGUGGAAACUGAUAUUCAGAUAUUAAGACGACUCCUCAACCAGUUUAACAGCACCCGCUCUACAGAGGAGAAAUUAAACAUUCUGCAUGAGCUUGAGUACAUGGUGCAUCAGGUGGAUAAUGCCCAAAACCUUUGCUCCAUGGGCGGUCUUAUUUUCAUUUUAGAGGGUCUGAACAGCUCUGAUUCAAAAUUACAAGAAAACUCUGCCUUUGUGUUGGGAUCUGCGUUAUCCAGCAACCCAACAGUACAAGUGAAAGCUGUGGAAAGUGGUGCUCUUCAAGCAUUACUGACACUAUUAGCUACAACUGAACAUUUCCCUGUACAGAAAAAGGUCCUUUUUGCUGUUGCCUCCCUUUUGCGGAAUUUCCCAUUUGCACAACAACAUUUUCUGUCAAAUGGCGGUCUACAAGUGAUGUCAGGGGUAUUCCAAGGGGAUCGUAACGGAAGUCUGCGAACACGAAUUGUGACCUUGCUAUAUGACUUGAUCAGUGAAAAGGAGCAGAUAUCUAAGACAAGCCUGGACUUUAUGGAUCCCUCACAUGAAGAGCGAGUGCGUCAGUACUCCAGAGUAACCUUGGACAAAGAACUUGUGGAGACAAACUGGUGCAGCCUUGUUCCACAGCUGCUUGGUUCAUCUGAGCAUGACUAUAGAGAGAAGGCCCUACAGACUUUAAUAGUAAUGGCUCCAAUGUGUUUGGAACAGUACCGCACAGAUGGGUCUCUGUUGACUUCUCUGAUAAGUUUAAAGACACUUUAUGAAGAAAUGGUUAACAAAGAAAAGACUGUGGAAAAAGAGACAGAAUAUUUUGUGGAGAUUGUUGAACUUAUAGAUAAUCUCAAGAUAAAAAUAAGAUAAUAUUUUACAUGUAUAUGUAUUUAUUGUGCUAAUAAAAGAAGUCAU